AUGUCUGCCCAUGACAACGCGGACUCCCAAGAUUCCGAGGCAGCAUCCGCGAAAAUGGACUCGCCCGCCGCGGUCAACGGCUGCAGCCACGACGCCCUGAAGAAUAAUGGCCGACUCGCGCGGUCUUCCCGGUCGCCUCUUCCCCUGCUGAAGACAGAGGCCUCGACCGAUGCCGACACACCUCCACACAGGGUCGGGACGCCAAGCUCCGAUUCGGGCGCGAUCAAGGACGAACUCGAGAUGAAGCAGCAGACGGUCGGCGGCGAUGUCAUCGUCAAGCAGGAACCGGAUCAGCCGCUGAAGCUGUCUCGGACUUCCUCGCAGAAGGUCGUCCCGCGGCCGCCGCAGCUGUUCUCGCAUUUGCCAGAUAGUACGGCGGACGCGCUGGCCACUUUUGAACAGAUUGAGGCGUGCUGGUAUGCGAACAAGUACAUGGGCUACACCGAACAUGCGAUGGAGUGUGACUGUGCUGAGGAGUGGGACCCCGAAGCCGGCCAGAAUUCAGCAUGCGGCGAGGAUUCCGACUGCAUCAACCGUGCGACCAAGAUCGAGUGCGUAGGCGACUGCGGCUGUGGGCCGGACUGCCGGAACCAGCGAUUCCAGAAGAAACAGUACGCGCAAGUCUCCGUCAUCAAGACCGAGAAGAAAGGAUUCGGCCUCCGCGCAGAGACCAAUCUCGACCCGCACCAACUGAUCUUCGAGUAUGUGGGCGAGGUGGUGGGCGAGCCUCAGUUCCGGCGCCGCAUGAGGCAGUAUGAUGAGGAGGGCAUCAAGCACUUCUACUUCAUGUCCCUGAACAAGGGCGAGUUCGUGGACGCGACGAAACGGGGCAACCUGGGACGCUUCUGCAACCAUUCGUGCAACCCGAACUGCUAUGUCGACAAGUGGGUGGUGGGUGAGAAGUUGCGCAUGGGCAUCUUUGCGGAGCGCGCGGUGCAGGCGGGCGAGGAGCUCGUGUUCAACUACAACGUUGAUCGAUACGGUGCGGAUCCGCAGCCCUGCUAUUGCGGAGAGCCGAAUUGCACGGGGUUCAUUGGUGGACGGACCCAGACCGAGCGCGCGACUAAGCUGUCCAAUGCCACGAUCGAAGCCCUGGGCAUUGACGAUGCAGAUGGCUGGGAUACGGUGGUGGCCCGGCGUCCGCGCAAGAAGAAGACCGAGGAGAAUGAUGAGGAGUACGUGGACAGCGUGCAGCCCAAGUCGCUGGAUGAGCAUAGUGUGACCAAGGUCAUGGCCGCUCUGAUGCAAUGCCAGGAGAAGUGGAUUGCCGUCAAGCUGCUAGGGCGCAUUCAGCGGUGCGAGGACGAGCGCGUGUGCAAUCGAGUGGUCAAAAUGCAUGGCUAUCAGAUUCUCAACUCGCAGCUGGCCAUGUGGAAAGAGGACCACAACGUGAUGAUGCAGAUCUUGGAUAUCCUAGACACAUUUCCGCGUCUCACGAGGAACAAGAUCAUUGAUUCGAAGAUUGAGUCGAAUAUUCAGCCGUUGACAACAUGCGGAGAUGGGCGAGUAGAGAACAAGGCGGUGGCUUUGCUGGCGAGCUGGGCCAAUCUGGAGGUUGGAUACCGCAUACCGCGCAUGAAGAGGGGCGAACAGCAGACCAAGCAGGCUGUCAAUCAAUUUGAGCGCCGUGAGUCCGGGCGAGAGCAGCAGCAGAAGCGCUCUGUCAGCCGCUCUCCAUCGCCCGUGGGACCGCAACAACGAGGAGGAGGGCACGGCGGCGGCCAGCCGCGACGUGACCGAAACAAUCAUCAUCAUGGAGGAGGGGGAGGAGGAGGACGAUCUCGCCGGGAGCGUCGCAAUGAUGCUCGCAUCCGACAGCCUUUGCCGGACGGUUGGUUCACCGCCGAGGCCGAAGGGGGCCAAGUUUACUACUACUCGGCAUCAGGCGAGACGACAUGGACACGACCGACUGCUCCGGCCGCCUCUGCUGCUGCUCCAUCCGCGAACAAGCGCAAUCUCGCCUUGCAGAGCAUCAUCGACGGAAUCGUGAACUCGCAGGACCAGACCCCUUCAGAACAGAAGAGCGAGACUCUCGGAACACCCCAACCCGCAUCGGAUCCGCAGCCGGAGAAGAAAAAGAAGGAAGGGGAUUGGUGGAAGAAGCUUUCUUUGGAGAAGCAGAAGAAGCUGUAUGAGAACACACUGCACCCGACCAUCAAGCACGUGGUAGACCAAUAUAAGCACAAGAUCCCGAAGGACGAUCUCAAGCGCUUUGCAAAAGAGACAGCUAAAAAGCUCGUCGAAGGCGACUACAAGAAGCAGCGCGUCACAGACCCAACCAAGAUCAGUGAAAAACACCAACAAACUGUGAAAAGCUACUGCAAGUCCUUCUUCGAGAAAGCCGCCGCCAAGCACAAGGAGCGCGAGGCCCGCAAAGCCGCGAAGAAGGCGCCCAGCAGUGGCGAUACCAAACCCGACAGCACCCCCGCCGACGACCAGGACGUCAAAAUGUCCGAUGAUGAAGGCGACCACAACCCCAAUACACACCCCAGCGCCGAACCACCCUCGCCUCUGGAUGAAGACCCGUCCGCCUCCACUCUCAAGCGCAAACGCGAGGAGAAUGCAUCUCCCACCCUCGACACAAACCCACCCUCGGAGCCUGACUGCUCGCCCUCGAAGCGCCAAAAGUCCACUCCUCCACCUCCCCCACCUCCCCCGCCGCCCAUGGACGUACGUCCAGAGGAUGAUGCCGAUGCAGAUGGCUCGUACUCGUCCAUAUCGCCGCCCCAAGCUCCACCUCCCCCCAAGGACGCCCCCGGCGACCGGGGCGGGACCGCUGUCGACGUGGAGAUGGGCGAUAUGCAGGUGCGGCCGCCAGCGCAAAUCAGCGUCCAAGGGCGGGUAUAG